CUUCGUCAUGGUAGGUGGCUGCUAUGAGUUCCUGCUCUUCAGGGACCGGCCCAGCAUCCAAACGAUGGCCAGCGUCUGCUUUGCAAUGAACAGUAUUCACCUUGUUGCGGUGCUGUACGCGGCCAUGAGCGCCGAUGACGCCAUCGUCAUGCUCAAGCUGAACGGCAUCGAGUCGACAGUCACGGAGCUUCACAUCGCAGGAGGAUCACGCUUCGUUCUUUAUUACAUAACAAUAUUCGCUGACUUGUUUCUCAUCAUCGGCAUCGAAGAUAACUGCAGGCUGGGCAUGCUGACCUUCAUAUGGUGGAACUCAUUUCGCAUUUUCCUCGAAGUCCUCACUAUUGUGGGCGUCGGAUUAUGGAAAGGCACCAGCGAAAACUUCACCCUCAUAAUGUCCUUCCUGUCCUGCCUGGGCCUCAUGCUUCUCGUUCAGGGCUUCUUCACGCGUCGCGUGUUCCACUACAGCUCGCUGGUUCGUCCCAGCGCGCGUAUCCACGCGCACGGUGACAUGAUGCCUAGCAGCAUGGCCCUAGUCGAGCCCGUACCAAGCGGCACUCCUGGCCAGGUGGGAGGCAAGGAGGGCGAGGAGGAGUCCACCGACACUAAGACUCCGCACAGGACCUCCGAGAGCCGCAACGACAGCACCAAGCGAGAGCCCGGCCCUAACGGCGGCGAGCAGUCGUCCGCCAUCAAGAAGAGUACACCGCAGUAA